UUUGUUUUGUUUGUUUCUUUAUCCUUUUUCAAGUAAUUUCACUACUCUCUCGUCUUUUAAAAGGCCUAACCAUUCACCACUUCUUCAUUCAUUCAUCCUCUUUAUCUUUCUAUCUCUGGACUACGUAUAUCAAAGCGAAAAGGAAAAAUGUUUACAGGGCUGAUUAGCUUCUUGGUUCUUACUGGUUUCUACUCCGGCUUUGGAACCGGUCAACCUCUUGUACCGGCUCUAAUCAUAAUGGGAGAUUCUGUUGUCGAUGCCGGUAACAACAAUCUUCGCCUUACCCUUGUCAAGGCCAAUUUUCCUCCCUAUGGACGCGACUUCUUAGACCACAGUGCCACCGGCCGUUUCUCUAACGGAAAACUCGCCAUCGACUUUACCGCUGAGAAUCUUGGGUUCACUUCUUACCCGGUGGCGUACCUUAGCCAAGAUGCAGCAAAUGAGACUAAUCUGGUAACCGGAGCCAAUUUCACCUCUGGGGCUUCCGGUUAUCACGACGGAACUUCCAUAUUAUACGUAAUUAGCUCUUUAUUCUAUGCUCGGUUACUAAUUAGCUCACCUGAAUGCUUAUACCAUUUUAUGGUGUAUUAUAAUAUGUUGUAGAACGCAAUCAGCUUGACCCAACAACUGGAAAACUACAAGGAGUACCAAAGCAAGGUGACAAGCAUGGUAGGGAAAGACAAAGCGAACCAGAUAGUUAAAGGCGCGAUUCAUCUUCUUAGCACCGGAUCAAGCGAUUUUCUUCAAAGCUAUUACAUUAAUCCUAUCCUUAACGCGCUAGUCACGCCUGAUCGAUACUCAGAUCGUCUCAUGAGAUUUUAUUCCACCUUUAUCCAAGAAAUGUAUGGUUUAGGGGCUAGAAGGAUUGGAGUAACGACAUUACCACCCUUGGGUUGUUUGCCAGCAGCGAUAACGAUGUUUGGCGGAAUUGGGAGCAAUAGGUGCGUCGAAAGACUAAACCGGGACGCGGUUUCCUUCAAUACCAAACUUAACAACACGUCUGUGAACCUAGCCAACAAGCUUCCUGGUCUGAAACUGGUCGUUUUUGACAUUUAUAAUCCUCUAUUGAACAUGGUCAUGAAACCUGAAGAGAAUGGAUUUUUUGAAUCAAGAAGGGCUUGUUGUGGUACCGGAACAGUGGAAACUUCGUUUCUAUGCAAUGCAUUAUCGGUGGGUACAUGUUCAAAUGCUACCAGUUACGUGUUUUGGGACGGUUUUCAUCCAUCAGAAGCAGCCAAUCGUGUCCUCGCAGAUAAUCUUCUUGGCCAAGGAUUCUCUCUCAUUUCCCAAACCUAAAUUAAAUAAUUCAAACAAUUAAGAUGACGGACGAGAAUGUAUUAUAUAUAGACUAUUGAGCCUAAACAAUGUUUGCCUUAGUCAUCUGCAUUCAAUGUAUUUACCAUCUCA